AGCCCGUUCGCGUAGUGUUAUCGUUCGCAAUAGACAAAAAUAUGAUGUAAUAUAGACAAAAACCAAUUAGUUCAACGCACCUUUGUUCGUGCCACCUCGUAGCCAUGUCGUUGGCAUUGUUGAGAACACUGUCUCGGCAACAACAAUACCUUUUGCAACAGCGGCAACCCGUUUCAUUUAUCAGUAACGGCGUGGUCGGAUGUGCGAUCAGAUUUCAGAGCACCGGUGGAGAAAACUCGAAACGUGACAGCAAUGACAAACAAUCCACCAAAGAGCGACUGGCGGUGAAGUAUAGCCGAGAGAAUGUGAAGCGGAACGUGCAGGGUUACGUUUUCUCACGGUUCUUUGACUAUGUAAAGAACUAUGACAAAGUACUCGAGAAGAAAUUCCCUUCAGCAGUACAUGUCUACCGGGUGUUCCUGGUAGGCGUGCGAGAUUUCUUCAACGACAUGAAGAAGCUAGUCAAAGUUACGAAAAUUGUUUACUCGCACGAUAACGAUUUACGAUGCCUGACGCGGAAGGAGAUCGAACUGUACUACCAGAUGCCACGGGAUAUGAAGAAAGUUGCGCCUGUGCUGCUCAUCUCGGCGUUACCGUUCGCAAAUUAUGUGAUAUUCCCUCUAGCUUAUAUGUACCCACGAACGCUGUUAACGUCACACUUCUGGUCGGCUCAGCAAAAGGUAGAUUUUGCUGAAAAAAAUCUACGCGAACGGCUGCUGUACAAUAGGCGUGUGUUUCGUUGUAUGCAGUCGAAACUCGACAUUCUUAAAAAGGCAAAGGACCCGGCACAUGAGAAGCUUAGUUACAUUCUGGGUUUGCUAGGCAGUGGCCUUCAUCCGACGUCGGAAGAAUUGCUGGACGUAAAGGAAGUUUUUCAGCGACCACCAUUCAAUCUACAAAGUUUGAGCUCAUCACAUUUGAAAUAUCUUUGUCGAUUACACGACAUUCACGCCGGGCUGUUGCGACGGUUUCGUUUGAGUGAACGGACAUAUGUGCUACACCACAUGGAUAUGGCUAUUAAGCGGGAAGGCGGCGUACACAACAUGCCGAUCGAAUCACUGAAACAUGCAUGCUUCCUCAGAGGUCUGAAUGCGAACAAUUUAAGCGCGGAAAGCAUGAUUGACUGGUUGCAGGAAUGGGUGAAGGUAUCGGUGGUUGUGAAUGAGGAUUCGAUCAGUUUGCUGCUACACCUUCCGAUUUUCCUAACCUACAAUCACACCAACAACUGGAUUUUGAUACACUGACUUUAAAAAGACUGCAAGAAAGGAAAGUCAGCUGAGCGUUUUUAGCAUCAGAGCAUGGGCCAAAAGUAAUAUUUGUGCUAAACAUCAAAACACGGCGUAUUUUCUAUUUCUGUUGGGGUACAUGUGAAAGUUUUGUAAAAAAGGGAAUAGAAACUUUUACCAAUUGUCAGAACAGUCUGAAGCAGGUUUUCUAGGAAAAUAUCAGCAUUCUCUAGAACGUUGAUAACAAAAAAUAUCAAUAUUAGCUUUGUUUAUAAUUUGUUGUUGGGUUCAUGACUUAUGUGAUUGUAUAAUAUACUCACAAGCGUAUUUCCUUAUGUA